AUGGCAGACGGUUCAGACCUCGAGAACAACAACAAAGCCGAGCUGGACAGAAGCCAGCCCAGCUCGACCAGUGAUGAUGGCCCCCAAGAGCAAAAAGACCCUGACGAGAUCCCUCCCGACUAUGCGACUGGCGUCCGACUCGUCCUUAUCAUGUUCACGAUCUUCGUGAGCACCAUCCUCGUGUCUCUGGAGAUUGGUAUCAUCGCAACCGCAAUCCCCGGCAUCACCAACGAUUUCCACAGACUAGACGAUGUGGGCUGGUAUGGAAGUGCGACGUUCAUCCUCGCGGCCUCGGCCUCGCCACUGUGGGGAAAGCUGUUUAAGUACCUCAACGUGAAGUGGGUUUAUCUCGGCGCGGUUGGAAUCUUUUUGGUGGGUAGUAUUGUGGCCGCAGCAGCUCCAAAUAGUGUGUCCGUCAUCAUUGGACGUGCCAUUCAGGGUUGGGGAGCCUCUGGUGUCCUCGGAGGCACCCUCAUCAUCAUCAACUAUGUCGCCGCGCCGAAGAACCAUCCGCUUCUUAUCGGCACCUGGAUGGCAGUUUUCAUGCUGUCGAACAUUCUGGGGCCAGUGAUUGGCGGCGCAUUCACUAGCGGAGUUACCUGGAGAUGGUGUUUUUGGAUUAACUUGCCCGUUGGUGGGCCUAUCAUCGUGCUGUUACUGUUAUUCCUGCGCAUCCCUAAGCAUAUCAAGAAGGUCCCAGCGACGUGGCAGGAGGUCAUCCUCUCCCUGGAUCUCCCAGGCUUCUGUUUACUACUCGUGUCUCUCGUCUGCUUGACAUUGGCAUUGCAAUGGGGUGGACAGACUAAAGCGUGGAAUGAUGGCUCGGUCAUCGCGACCUUGGUCAUGUGGAUUGUCCUCAGCAUUGGCUUCUUGGUUACUGAAUGGUUCCAGGGCCACCGCGCCAUGACUCCCUUUCACAUUCUGAAACUGCGCACGACAUGGAGUAAUGCAUUAUUCUGCCUGAUCUCCUACGCCGCCCUCUACCAAGUCAUGUUCUACCUUCCCAUCUACUUCCAAUCCAUCCAUGGCCAAUCAGCCGUGACAAGCGGCGUCAACACCCUCCCGUUCCUCGCCUUCUUCGCCCUUGGAGCCGUCGUCAGCGGCGGCGUCAUCACAAAGACCCGCUACACACAACCUUACGAGCUCCUCGGCGCCCUCAUCAUGACCGCUGGCAUGGCUCUAAUCUAUAUCUUGGACGUCGACUCCUCUAAAGCCAUGUACAUUGGUGCCGAGGUACUCUUUGGAUUUGGCGUUGGGAUCUGCAACCAGAUCCCCAUGACAGCAGUGCAAGGCUCCUCGAAACUUGAAGACGUUUCCAGCGCGACUGGAAUCAUGGUUAUGUGCCAAACCCUCAGCGGCGCCUACUUCGUCGCCAUCGCACAAUCCCUGUUCGCCAACCGGAUGCUCCAGACUGUCCUAUCCAGUGCAGCUCAUCUUGAUCCCGCCCGGAUUCUAGGCGCUGGCGCCUCGGAACUCCAGGACGUGUUCAGCGGGGAUGAUCUCAAGGAGGUCAUUAACGCGUAUAUGGUCGGCAUCAAGGAUGUGUUUACGUUUUCGUUGGCGUGUGCGGCGUUUGCGGUCCUCCUGUCGCUAAUUAUUCCAUUUAAGAGGCUGCCGGAUCAUGGGAAGAAGGACAAGCCAGCGACAGAGGAGGCUGCGGUGGAGAAGGAGAAGAAGACGGAGACCGCCGAUGGGGAGAACGAGAAUCAAUCUUAG